AUGGAAAUUAAAGAAGUGGAUGACAGGGCCGAGCUACUGAGAUAUACCAACAAUAUUCCCUUACUCGGAAAGCUAGUAAACCACCAACCACUAUGGAGUACCAAUCCCAAGCUGAAGUCUUUUUCGCUAGAAAAACUAUCAGCUCCCGAUCAGAGACGUAUACAAGAGGCAUUGGUUGUGAAAGACCUUUUAAAUGUCCUAAUUGGACUUGAGGGAACAUAUAUUAGAUAUUUCAAUGACUACGAACCUAACAAUCCGGAGACACCAGUAGAAUUUAAGAUUGCAAGGAAAAUGGAUCCUUCUUUCAAAACAUUUAGUAGAAGAAUUGUUAGGUAUGGUAAGCAAUACAUGAUAUUAACAAAGGCAUAUGAAACAUGGUCCGACGCAAGUUUUGGAAUGGUUUUACAAAGAUUCGGUUAUGAAGUUAGAAAAUUUUUAGAAGAUGUCUACUUGAAAAUCUUGGUAGAGAGACUUGAAAGAGAUUUUAAUAAAGUACCUUAUUUUUCCAUUAGGGAACUAGAACAAAUCAUUAAUGAAACAGAAGUAACAAAACAAAUGGAAUUACUCUACAAUAUUUAUGAAGAAAUUUGCAAGGAAAUAGAGGAAAGAAGGACGAACCAGUCCUCACAAGAUGACUUCAAUAAUUUCAUGGACAAUAUGAAAAAUGAAAGCAGUUUGCAUUUGAGAUUGAUUGUGGCAUUCGACACAACGGUGUAUCCAGUUCCCAAAGGUGGCGCCAUAUUGAAAAUCUUCCAGCAAAAGAUACUGGAAAAUUUGGGCGAUAGAUCAAGUGUAGUAUUCCUCAAGAAGCUAUUGAACAACAUAAGCCAGGACUAUUGUACGAUGUUGUAUGAAUGGUUAACACAGGGUCUCUUAAACGAUCCUUAUCAAGAAUUCAUGACUUAUGAUGAUUUAGAAGGUAAAACGGAUAAUAUAUUUGACGCAAGAGACAGAGCGUGGGAUACACAGUACUACAUCAGAAAAGAUGUUUUAUUGCGGGACUGUGACUCAGAAGAGGAUAAGAAUCUACUUUUCAAAAUUUUAAGAACUGGUAUUUUACUCAAAGUGGUACGAGCCAGCCUACAAAUACCCACUAUACCUUCCAAUAGCAGUGAUAUAGUCAUUAAAGAGAUUCGUGAUUUUGCUGAGUUAAUGGAGGGUACCAAUCUUGAACUGUAUGUGGAUGAAUGCUACAACAGAGCUAAUGAAAUAUUCUUGAAACUAUUUUUUCAAGGUUACGAUUUGGUUACAGUCUUGAAGCAGUUGCAAAAAAUAUUUCUUGGUUACCAAUAUGGCCAUAACAUACUAAAGUUUGUGACCAAAAAUAUGGGUGAACUUACUAAGCAUUACAAAAACAAUAACGGCGCAAGCCAUGACAAACUACAACAGAAUUUCGAGUUAGAUAGGCAAUCGCAACGCCCUAACAAUUUAAUGAGACAACUUCUGACCGUACAGUUCGAUGCAGAGGCACUUCCGCAGGUCUUAUCACAUUAUCUCCAGAUUUAUCCAAAAAUACCUGAAAAUAAUUCAAUAAGGGACGACAGUGAUCCGUUGAUGCAGGCAAAUAAUUUCAAGAAUAUGAAUGCCAUUCUUUUUGACGAACUAAGUAAAGGAAGAACUGGCGCCAAUUAUGGGCCCAAUCCAGAGCUAUAUAUGCCCAGAAGUGCAAUUUAUCAUAUGAGGUUUGAUAUCAACAUACCAUACCCAUUGAAUAUCAUUAUCAGUAGGACGUGCAUGAUAAAAUACCAAAUUAUUUCGCGCUACCAACUUGUUCUACAAUAUCACUCAAGACUGCUAGAUGACACUUGGAUGGAUUUGAAAAAAAAUUAUAGUUGGAAGUAUAGGGGUUAUUCACGUACUGUGAAACGAGGGAUCAUAAGAACUACGAGGGUCCUGCACGGCAAAAUGAAUCACUUCAUCAAGGCGCUAAUGGAAUACUUCAAUCAAAACGUGAUCGACAAGGAAGUGAAGCUACUGGAAAAGUGCUACAAGAAUCCUACCCUUGCUGUUGAUAUCCAGAACGAGCUAGAGGGCGGAUUAACAAACAUUAUGACAAACCGCUGCUUGUCCGAUUUGAUUCCGCUACAGUUACAGAUAUUCGAUGUUAUAUACAAGUUUUGCAAGUUCAUUAAAUCUAUGAAAGCAAAAUUAUGUCAUCUGGAUCCCAUACUUUACGAGAAACAUAAAAACUUGAUGAUAAAAUCACUAAACGAAGAACAUCCUGCAAGCAACGAUGGCCGAGAAAAUGGCGGUUACCAAGAGGAUGCUGCCUUAGAACUAAUUCAAAAACUGGUGGAGUACAUCAGCAACGCUUCCAAAAAUUUUGACAAGUGUCUGAUUAGUUUCGUGGAAGAGUUGAAUACUGAGAAUUUCGAUUUUUACGAUAGUUCAAGUGCCGAUGCUGCAGGUAUAGAGAGGGUUCUUUUCUCCAUAACGCCAUUUCAUUCAGCACCAGCUUCGUCCCGAAAAUGA